UAAAUUGUUGACCCAGAGAAUUACCAGAUAAAAUUUAUCAGUCAGUAACAAAUAGCCUUCCCACUAUGACACUAUUCAUCCCAGGAAGACCAGUCCAAUUAUUUUCACUGUGCAAAAAAUUUGUUAGUGUCCAUAAAAUGUCCACUUCGGCUGAAUUUCUUAUAAACGAUCCCAAAUAUUCAUUUUUGAAAGAUUUGGGCUUGAAAGCGACUAAUUUCGGGGUUUAUGACGGUACAUGGAAGGGUUCAGGCUCGUUAGUCCAAUCGAUUUGUCCAAGUAAUGGAAAAGUGAUAGCCGAAGUGCGCCAAGGAACCGUCGAAGACUACACCUCGUGUAUUAAAGCAUCGCAAGCCGCUUGGAACACAUGGGCUGAUUUGCCGGCCCCCAGACGUGGCGAAAUCGUCCGCCAAAUCGGGGAUGCCCUCCGAGCAAAACUCCACCCUUUGGGCAAACUAGUCUCCGUCGAAAUGGGCAAAAUCCUUCCUGAAGGAAUCGGGGAAGUCCAGGAGUACGUGGACAUUUGCGACUACGCUGUUGGACUUUCGCGCACUCUCGCAGGGGCAAUCUACCCCUCGGAGCGUCCAGGCCACGUGUUGAUGGAAAAAUGGAACCCUUUGGGGGUAAUUGGGGUGAUUUCCGCCUUUAACUUCCCCAUUGCUGUCUAUGGCUGGAACAGUGCCAUUGCCAUGGUUUGCGGAGACACAGUUUUGUGGAAAGGGGCUGAAACCACCCCUUUAGUGUCCGUCGCAACCACGAGAAUAGUCGCAGAAGUCCUCGAACGGAAUAACCUUCCGGGGGCUAUCGCCACUUUGUGCUGUGGAGGGGCCGAUGUUGGCAAAGCCAUGGCUGCAGAUGACCGAAUCAAAUUAUUGUCCUUUACUGGAAGUUCGCAAAUUGGACAACAAGUCGGGGUUGAAGUGCAGAAAAGAUUUGGGAAGCAUUUGUUGGAAUUAGGGGGAAAUAACGCCCUUAUCGUUGCCGAUGAUGCCGAUUUAAAUAUGGUAGUCCAGGCGACUUUGUUUGCCUGUGUGGGGACUGCUGGGCAAAGAUGUACAACUACUAGGAGGUUAAUUCUGCACAAAAAUGUCUAUAAUGAAGUUCUCCAACGACUAAAAAAAGCCUACGAGCAGGUUUUGCACCGGAUUGGGGACGCUUUAGAUGACAAAACGUUGAUAGGGCCUUUACAUAGUCAAAUGUCUUUGCAAAAGUAUGAAAACACGAUUGCUGAAGUGAAAAAACAAGGAGGAACUAUCGAAUUCGGGGGAAAAAAAAUUGAAGGUCCUGGAUUUUUUGUACAACCAACCAUAGUUACUGGUCUCAAACACGACAACCCCUUGGUACAUAGUGAAUGUUUUGCUCCAAUUGUUUAUGUUUUGAAAACGGAAAGUGUUGAUGAAGCCACUUCGUGGAACAAUGAAGUUCCGCAAGGUCUCUCGUCGAGUAUUUUUACACAAAGUGUUGAAAAUAUAUUCAAGUGGAUUGGGCCUAAGGGGUCAGAUUGCGGCAUUGUGAAUGUUAAUAUUCCAACUUCAGGGGCUGAAAUUGGAGGUGCUUUUGGUGGAGAAAAACACACAGGUGGAGGUCGUGAAUCUGGAAGUGACGCUUGGAAGCAAUACAUGAGGAGGUCAACUAUUACAAUCAAUCAUUCUAAAGAAUUGCCUUUAGCACAAGGGAUUAAGUUUGAAUAAACGUUGUUUGAAUAAAA